AAGAACAGUAAACCCUAGGAUUUGAUUUGUCUCUAAGAUAUCAAAUCGAUAUCUCUAAAUCAAAAUUAGAGCAUAAAUUUCUUUUUAUUUCUUUCUCUCUCUCAAAUUAGAAGAUAAGAUCUCUCAAAACCUUGUUGGGAUUUCAAAAUUAGUGCAAUCGCUUUUCAGAUUAGGGCAAUAUUUGUUUUUGAAAGGGAUCAUAUUUCUUUAACUCGAAGCUGAAGGUCUUUAACUCGAAGACGAAGGAAUAGAAAUUGUGUGUAGCACAGAAUUUAAUCGAGAUGGGUGAUAAAGAAGAUAUUGAUGAAGAGGUGAAUCAGAAGUUGUGGAUGUUAAUAACUGGUGAUUUAAUUAAAUUGCUUGAUUGGGUAAUUGAAAUUUUGGGAGUUGUUACAGAUAAACUGGAUAAAGAUUUUACCAAUGAGUUUGUAAAACUAGAAAGUCAAUUGGCUGAAGCAUUAUUAUCUUACCUACAUCUAGUAAAUGCGGAAAUGGCAAAUAGACUUAGAUCAGAUUUAGAGAAAGAUGAUGUACAUUUCAACAGUAUGAUGAUUUUAUAUGCUGCGAAAAGGCGUGGGAAUUUACGAAUUCAUCUUGAGAGAAUCCGCCAGCAUUUUACAGACUUGGAGAAGGAUGAUUCGUCAUUAUAUGAGCAGAAAUUUUUAGAUGGAAUGGCUGACUCCAUCGUGUUGAUUAAAACGGACCUAUUGGUUUCUCAACCAAUGAAGACCAAUAAAGAGAUAGAUAUAGAUGGGAGGAAGCUAGUUGUGGAUUUAUUGCGAUUAUCGCACAUUAUACUACCUAUCUUAGAGGAGCUGAAUCCGUUUUAUUCCAACCAUGUACAACAAUUUGGUGAUGAAGAUUUAAAGCAUGCCAAGGAAAGUGAAGAGUUCCUCUUACCUUGCCUUUCCGAUUUAAUUGAAACAUUGAUUGAGUAUCUUCACCGUUUCAAGCAACUACAAAAGCUUGACGAGAAUCUAUACAAGUUUCACAAGUUAACAAAUCGACAAGCAUCGUUAAGGGUUCCCAAUCGUCUUGUGAAUGAAAAAGUUCUAGAAAAUCGUCGUAACGUCGUUCGUCUACUUGGGAAUCUACGCAAAAAUCUAUCAAACGCUACUGACAUCUAUCAAGAAAGGUGGUCCAAGCUCUUGGUUCAACUACUGCAAGCUGUGAAGAACGACAUCAGAACAGCAUCUUCAUCUCCUCCUCCAUCAUCUGCUGAGGAUGAUUCUUCUCUUGCUCUCGAAUCUCCUGCGUAUGAUUCUUCUCCUUCUCUCGAAUCUCCUGAGGAUGAUUCUUCUUCUUCUCCCGAACGCCGCCAGAAGGGUAUUCCUCAGAAGGGUAGUCCUAUAAAGCGGGCUUCUAUUCGUCGAUCUCAUAAAUGUAGUGAUGGCGAGCUUUUGAAGAUGGCUGAUUACACUCCAGAUGAGAAGUUUCUUGAUAUUGACAUUCCUGAAAUGAGUAAUACUUCUGUGACUCCUGACUUUGAGGCUGCUCUUCAGCAAGUGGACAUCCCCAAUGAUUGUUCUCUAUUUGGACUGUCUAAUCAAGCCAAUCAAGCGGGUGAAUUUGUUGAACCGUCGGAAGCAGGAGCAACACCACCAACAACAACAUCAGCAGUGGCAUCCCAGGAGCCCAGAAACAGCUCAAGAACUUGUUGAACCGUCGGAAGCAGGAGCAACACCACCAACAGCAACAUCAGCAGUUGCAUCUCAGGAGCUCGGAAACAGCUCAAUUUAGCCGAGAAAGCUCUUUAGGAGAGCAAUAGGAAGUAUAAUGAAGCUGAUGAAGCUACUAAUCAGCUAGAGUUGAAUAUUAUAUCAGGAGAUAGUUUUAUGAAAAAUCAGAAUGAGCUAAUUGUUCCUAGUUUAGCCAUUCUUUUGUUUCUUUUUUUACUAUAAAUUGAAAAUAUAACUGUAACGUUUUUGUAGGUUUCAGGACUUUCGCUUUUUUCUUUUUAUGAAACAUAUUUCUACCGAUGAAUUCUUCUGCGCUUUCUUAUCACUACUGUAAUGGAUUGUAA